GGGGAGUUUCUGUACAAUGUUCUUCUCUCGAGCCAGAUGCUAGAACUCCCAUGUUUCACCAUCCUGAAUUUUCCCUUUUGACGUUUCUGUCGUAAAAGCUCGUCUGAAGAACUGGAGCACAUGGAGUAUUCCACUGUCGAAGAGGAGGCAGAUAAUGUUCCUCUCCCUGUGGGCUGGAAGUGCUACAUGUCAGCCGAGGGACGCAAAUACUAUGUCAACACUAGCAGUAAAGAGACAACGUGGGAACGACCAUGUACACCAGCCGCGGCCCCAAAGCCUGUUCGGACACACAACAACUCAGUGAACGGAUGCCAGCCUCUCAGGGCUCCUGUCCAGCAGCUGGAGAAGGCAGACGUGGCACAGCGGAAAGCCGGCGUGAAUGGCCAGAGCCCCGGCUCGCUCUCCCCGGCCAGGAGACAGAACAAGGAGAGGGAAAUCAAGGAGACUAAAACCACUAUCAACUUUGUCACAUUCCCACUGCCCCAUUCCACACCUGAGCAGCAACUCCUCAAACCCAGUGAAUGGAGCUACUGCGACUAUUUCUGGGCCGAUAAGAAGGACCCUCAAGGGACCACCACAGUGUCAGGCUUUGAGGUUCUGUUGCAGAAGCAGCUGAAGGGCAAGCAGAUGCAGAAAGAGAUGGCUGAGUUCAUCAGAGAAAGAAUAAAGAUUGAAGAAGAGUACGCCAAAAACCUCUCCAAGCUCUCCCAGAUCCCACUGGCAGCGCAAGAGGAAGGGACUCUUGGAGAGGCUUGGGCUCAGUUGAAGAAGAGUCUUGCGGAUGAAGCUGAGGUUCAUCUUAAAUUCUCCUCAAAGCUCCAGAGCGAGGUGGAGAAGCCACUGCUCACAUUCAGAGGGGACAACUUUAAGAAGGACAUGAAGAAAUACGACCACCACAUCGCUGACCUGAGAAAACAACUGGUCAGUCGCUAUGCGGCCGUAGAGAAGGCCCGUAAAGCUCUUGCGGACAGACAGAAGGACUUGGAGGUGAAGACGCAGCAGCUGGAGAUCAAGCUGAGCAAUAAGACAGAGGAGGACAUCAAGAAGGCCCGGCGGAAAUCCACACAAGCAGGUGAUGACCUUAUGCGUUGUGUGGACCUCUACAAUCAGGCCCAGUCCAAGUGGUUUGAGGAGAUGGUUACGACAAGUUUGGAGUUGGAGAGGCUUGAGGUGGAGAGGGUGGAGAUGAUUCAGCAGCACCUCCGUCAGUACACUACUCUGCGCCGUGAGACAGACAUGUUCAACCAAAGUACACUGGAGCCAGUGGACCAGCUCCUCCAGAGUGUGGACCCAGCCAAAGACAGAGAGCUGUGGGUGCGGGAGCACAAGACAGGAGAUCUGAGACCUGUGGACAUGGACAUCUAAAGACCUCGGAACAGCAGAAACACACACACACGCGCACACACACACUACACCCAAACUAUACAAGUCUACCUGUCUGUCUGUCUACCACAGUACUCCAAGUUCUCGGCCAAAGCCAUACAGGUAUCUCUCUUGAACCACCAUUUGAAUUGCCCCAUAGGUUUCUAUGGACCUAUCUGAUAUUAGUGUAGAUAUAACUGCUUGUGCUUAGAACAAGCACAGUACAGUGAAUUUGUUAAAACGUUUUUAGUUUAGUUCAGUUCAGUCAGGCACAUAACCGUCAUUUUAAUUAUACACACAGAAACACUUUACAGACGCGUAUAUUUGCAUACUCUUGAAAACGGAAGCAUACAUAAUUAUUUCUGUAGAAGUAACUCAAGUCACCCAUCUUGAUGUUCAGAACUGCUCUAAACAUGAAGACUAGCUGCACUUUGAGAAAAACAGCAGUCUUGAUCUAAAUAACCAGCAUGAUCCCUCAACAUUUGUAAAGUUUGUGGAAAAAAUAUUCUACUAAUAUUCUAUUCUACAGCGUCAUUAUAUAGUUAGAUUGUUAAAUCUGUAUUGUAGUCAAAAAAUAUAGAAUUUAUUGCAAUGAGGAAUGCAACAAAGUUUUUACUACAGUCACAAUUAACAUACAGCUAGAACACGAACUCUUGGUAAAAAUUUCAGCCUUCCUGGCAAAUGAAAAUUGUAUUCAGCAAAAUGCAUUACCUAAGUAUGGAUAUGAUAUAUUUUCAUAUUUUUGCAGAUUUGUUUUUGCAGAGAAGCAUGCGGUCCUCAAAAAUGCAGAAUCUCAGUGAUGAAUAGUUCUAUUUCGUCUAUGAAAAGAUAUUUGUGUAAUAUAAACAUGAAAACUGCCUUGACACUGGCAUUCAGUCCAUUGACUGUGUUCAUAGAGUCUGUCUCGAGAUAAUACUGCGUUCAUAACCCUGAUCAAAUGAUUUCUCCUCAAGCGAAGCCAAGAAACCUCUUUAUGCAGAACAUAAUCAGCCCUGUGCAGCAUCCCACUCUCAUCCCGCUUCCAUUCCAAGUUCAAUUGUAGGAGUUAUCAGAGCAUGUAUCAAAGGUGGAAUUAUAUGGCUGAGCUCUAGUCUUAGCGUGAAUCUGAGGUGGAUCGGAUGUGACUUUAUGAUCAUUUGUAUUGAUGUACACCUUUUAGUGCCUAAAGGUAAAUUGCCUUGGAAUGUCCAUUAUAUAUUCUGUUUGGUGUUUGUAUAUAGUUGUAAAUAUGUGUUGGUAUUUUUUUUUUUAGUCUGCAAAUGUCAUCAUAAGCACAUUCCACCAAGUGCUUGUCUCCUUGUGUCAUUUCAGUUUGUACUGAAAUUAUAAUGCGUGUUUACAGAUUGAGAGCUUACUUAAACAUUUUUACCUUCAGAUCAGGUUACAGAAGGCAGCUGAACACUGCAGGAUAAGUAAUUUGGAUCAAAUUGCUAAACUUAAUGUUACUUUUCUCGAUGUUUACAUGCUAAUAGUAAUGAGAACUACAGAUUGGAUAUGAAGCACAUGGCAAUUCAAAGCACAGAAAAGCUAUUCCAACUUUAAAAGAAUUCUAUUUCUAAAAAUGUUUUUUACUUUUUUAUGACUACACCUUACACCAGAUGUGUUCAGGUGAGGUGGAUCCGUUUAAAAAAGUGAAUGAUCCAAAACACUGUACUGUGCAAAAGUUAGAGCCCAUCCUUUCAUUAAUUUAACUUCUAGUCAAAAUAGUCCUUAAGUAAAGUUAUUCGGUUUUUAGUCUAUUCACCAGAAGCAUAUUUUUCCACACCUCCAAAGUUCAGUCUUAGAAGUUGUUUGCAGCCUAAGUAAUUACGUACACAUUCAGUGGUGUUGAGCUCUGGCCUCUGCACAUCCUUUUCGCUUGAGUUGUCUUCUCCCAGUGGAAAGACGGACAGAAACACCUGUGGAUUUCUUUCAGAUCUGAAGCAAGAGUAGAGCUUGAUCUCCUCUCUCCCAGAGAUGAAAACCCUACUGUUCAUCUGAUGGUGACAGUUUUGGUGGUCCACCAGGUCUUGCGCGGUUGUUAGGAGUCCUAUUUUCCUCAUAUCGUAAACAUUUUUUUGAACUCCAGUUUUGGGAAGUCCUGCUUUUAAAAUGACUUCCCUUGGACUUUUCUUAUCCUCUCUGCAAUCUGAUUAUAUUUUAUUUAAUCUCUUAAAUAUUAAAUACAUAAUGGCUGUUUUGACUAGAAAUUAACCCCUUAAAUGGCUAGGGCCCACUGGUGAGCCCUAGCUUUAUUACACAUUUCUUUAACCUUUAAGAAGAGCUCAGCCAGUUUACACUGAAGGUCCUGUAGUUACGGAAUAAUGAGCCUUAGUAUGUAAUAAGUCUGGCAUUUUAAGGGGUUGAAUCCAUAUAAAUGACGAGUGGGGUCUCUGGCUUUUACACAGUAUUGUAUUAGACAUUGUCAUAAACUAAACAAAACCAACCAAAAAACGGGCACAAAUCUCCACUGUGUAGGCAAGCGGCUACUUUGGAGUGCAUUUACUGUUGGUGUGCGUUACUCUCUUCUUCUGGAGCUAUAAAAUCAUGCAGGGAUUCUAGGCAUAAUGGGAUUGUAUGAGGAUGAUAUACAUUUAAAUCACCUCACAUGAGAAAAGAAAAAAUCUUGAAAUGUUUGUCAUUUUCAGGUAGUACACUGAAUUUAUUUUUACUAAGGUUGUUUUCUACUAACGACCAUCCCUCUCUUGCUUAACAUUGGGUGUAGCUGGUUAACCUGUCCGCAGUUUCGCAUGUAACAGCCGUCUCGUUUCCCGAAUUACAUGUGACAUAAAUUGUACUGAUACUUCACGUCAAUGAUGUGCAUUCUGUGUAUAAUGAGAAGUUGUUAAGUUGAAUGUCCUUGUGUGUAACUAAAUCCCUUUUAUAUGAUAUUGUAAUUGUUGUUUUAUCUGCUCUCAAGUUAAUGGCUCCCAUUAAUACGACAUGUUUAUGGAAUCGUUAUGUUUAUGUUCAGUAUGCCCAGGAAAUAACUACAGUGUCUAAAAUAAAUUCGAAAAAGAGAUUUA